CCGAAUAAAUCCAAACCAUACACGUGUUAACUCCACAACGUAUAUACGGUGGAGAUUCACUGGGCGUCCCAUCCAACGAUAAUCACGGGACCCAUGGGCCGCGCCCUUAAAAUAUUUAAAAACCGGUUAAACGUUUUUUUAUGACCAAACCGAGUUUAGAUUAAAAGCGCGUUUAUCAGUUAGGUGUCGCAAACGCGAUUUUUCGGCAGCGUUCGGAAUCUCCGCAGCCGCCGCGCAAAACAAUUUCUGGUCGUUGCAAAGCAAGGAGCAGACUCGGUGAUCACAUGGAAAAGAUGAAAAUCGGGGAAUCUAUACUGUCGGACCAAGUACGCGCCAACAGCGACAUCACGACGGCGACGCUUUCCGCCGGAGGUCAGCUGGGGUGGGCGGGGCGGCGGUUGGACGUGGAGAGAGAGGUCCUCGGCUUCUCCGUCGUGGGAAACAGGAUCAAUAUUAGAGCUCUGAUCGAAGGCGGUGCUGGAGCGUGUUUCUUUGGUGCGAAGCGAUCGUUGAUUAGGAAGACCUUCACUCUGGAGUUCCUGUCGAAUGAUUCUCUUCGCCUUUGGACUCAGAAUCUGCAGGAGUACCUGGAUUCUCUUGGUAGGCCGAAGAGGUUAUUCAUAUUUGUCAAUCCGUUCGGAGGAAAGAAAUCCGCGUUGCGUAUUUUUUCGAACGAUGUGAGGCCGUUGCUCGAUGAUGCCAACAUCGAUUACACCGUGAAAGAAACUGAACAUCAGCUCCACGCGAAGGAAGUUGUUCGGUCGCUUGAUAUAGCAAAGUAUGAUGGAAUUGUUUGCGUAAGCGGCGACGGAAUUUUAGUUGAGGUAAUAAAUGGUCUUCUCACCAGGGACGAUUGGCAUGAUGCGAUAAAGAUGCCUCUUGGAGCAGUACCUGCAGGAACUGGAAAUGGAAUGGUGAAGUCACUUCUAGAUUCAUGCAGUGAGCCAUGUACAGCAUCAAAUGCUACUCUUUCUAUAAUUCGAGGGAACAAGCGCUCGUUGGAUGUUGCUACAAUAUCACAAGGGGAUACCAAAUUCUUCAGCAUUCUAAUGCUGGCAUGGGGCCUUGUGGCUGAUAUUGAUAUUGAGUCGGAGAAGUACAGAUGGAUGGGAAGUGCUCGAAUAGAUUUCUAUGCCCUUCGCCGCAUCUUGGGUCUUAGAAAGUACAAUGGCACAAUACUUUUUGUGCCCGCCCCUGGAUAUGAAUCUUUUGGAGAACCCUUAGGUCUUGAAGAUGAAAUUAUUGUCCAAGAAGAGAGUGAAAUGAAGUCUGUCGAUGCACCUAUUAAAAAUCUCGACUGUAGCUAUCAGGGUCCUAAAGUUGAUGCAAAGAGUUUGAACUGGCGAAAGGUUGGCGGCCCUUUUGCCUCGAUCUGGCUUCAAAAUGUUCCCUGGGGAGGCGAAGAUUCAUUGGCAGCACCCAAUGCCGAGUUUGCAGAUGGUUGUUUGGACCUGAUCAUGGUCAAGGAUUGUCCAAAGCUGGCCUUGCUAAAGCUGAUGAGUAAACUCAACAAUGGAGAUCAUAUCAAAUCCCCACAUGUAUCUUAUCUCAAGGUGAAAGCCUUCAUUUUGCAGCCUGGGCAGCAAAUCGGAGACCCGGCCACGGGCGGGAUCAUCGAUGUUGAUGGAGAAGUUCUAGCUAGAGGCAAAGGAGCCUUCCAAUAUGAAAAGAAGACAUUGAUGAGCUACGACAAGCUCUUCAUCAAAAUGGAUCAAGGUUUGGCUACUUUAUUUGCACCUAAAUAGCUUUCCUCAUUAUAUUUGCAUCUAGUGUGUGUGCCUGUUUAUGCACAAGUGUGUAUAAUUUAUCUGCCCACACACAUACAUAUAUAUAUAUAUAUAUAUUUAUGUAUUUAUGUGUAUAUAUUAUCUUGUAUACACAUAUACAUAUACAUGUAUAUUUUUCUAAAUAUAAUUUUAUGCUUACGGCGUGUUAGAGAUAGGCCUCGCCAAGGGACAAGAGAUGUCCGGUUUUGAGUUGUUAAAUAGUAACAACUGUUUUUUAAAAUUUUUUGAAUGUAGUAACAUGUUUAAUAUAAGUAAAUAUGUGUUAAAUGUAAUGUCUUGAAUUAUGAAUAAUGUUUUGCAAUAUUUUAAAUAAAAAAUAUUUAUGAUAAUAA